UUGGAUAGUCCCACAGAGGCCUUAGAAAGUGAAGUGAAGUGAAGUGAUCUAUUCUGUACAAUAGUGAGAGCAAUUGUGGUGCCCAUUAAGAUUUUCUAUCACAGCUGCAUUUAUUCCCGGCUGUAGGCUUUUUACUUUGGUUUUUUGUACGUCCGGGUCCGCCGGCCAUUCUAUUACUCCUAUAACCUCUACUGCCAGUCCUCUUCUACUGCCUUCUUGUAUCCUCUCAGCGACAACUACAAUUUAUUGCUCAACAAUGAAGCGGCUCGACCAGUUUCGGCGUCCCUCGCCGCCGCAGGCGUCUAAUGGAGGAAACAACAACUACACGAACUGUUCCUACGAGCCCGACGCGAAGCGGCCGCGGCUGACGCCCUUACCGCCCUCGGCACAGAGGCUUCAGCAACUCGAGCAACAUAUUCACUGCAAAAAUGUCUGA